AAACUAAUUCAUGUAAUAUAUGAUACAAAUUUGUUAAUUUACAAUCAUAAUUUAUUUAAAUCGUAAUUGGAAUACAUGUCCCAUCUUUAUUCUUUAAUUAGUGAUGAUGUGCAGAUGGCCUCAACAAUGUCGAGGCAUUUGUCUCCAUCAAUACAAUUUAAAAACAAUAUAGCAGCGGCGUUGAUGGUGGAGAGCCGCCUCAACCACUCUCACUUUAACAAUUCCACCUUCAAAAUCCUUAUCCUUCCACCACCUACCGCCGUCGCCAAUUUCCUCACCUUCUACCACCACCACCACUACACCACAAACUCUCCCCACCUAUUUUGCCUCUACUGAUAACUCAUAAAUCAAACAAGCCAUGGCGGCUUAUGGUGCAGCCACUUCUCUCAAGAAUACGAUUCAACGUAUUCUACAAUCGUCUCGUAUUUCUCUCGUUUCCCACUCUCUACAAAUCUUACAGCCAGUCCUCAACGAGAUGGAUCGCUUGCAGGAAGUUCUGCUAGGAUUGGAGGAGACCAGCUGCAGCAAGAUCAGGACGAAGGUGAAUGCUGUGGAUGAACGAAUCAAAGAGGUAGUUUGGGAAUUCGAAGAUUUACUUGAAUCCCAUAUCUUACCUCAGAUUCUUCCACAACUCGAAAGCGAGAGAGAUCACUUGUCUUUCUCUGUAGAUCUGCAGAGUUUGCAACACCAUGUUGAUUGCUUCGUCGAGAUGGUGAAGAUGAUGGAGGAAGAGUACACUAUUGAAAUGGAGAAUAUGGCUGAAGAAGAAGGCGAGCCUAUUUCCUCAAGAAUUGAUUUUGGUGGAAUCAACUCAAAGAUGGUUGGAUUAUCUGAUGAAUUCGAAAAGGCUAGAGAUUAUCUUCUUCAAGAAAAUAACAAUCUACCCUAUUCGAUUGUUGGGAUGGCUGGCGUUGGAAAGUCAACUCUUGCUAAGCAUAUUUUUGAAGAUCCAUCAAUUCAAAGACAUUUCGAGUUUCGAGCAUGGGUAAGAAUGGGCAGAAAGUGUGAAUCCAAUAAAAUAUUACGAUGCAUUCUAGCUCAAGUGGAUCCCCACGCUUACCAAAUGCUUACUCGAGGAGAUGAUGAUGAGGAAUUAGUUGGAAUAUUGAAAGUAAGGUUGAAGGAUAAGAAAUGUCUCAUCGUGUUGGAUGAUGUUUGGGAGAUGCAAGCAACAAAUCGCUUGCAAGAAAAUGAUAUUAUUGGAAGCAUUCGAGUCUUACUUACAAGUAGACAAGGAAUAGUAUUCAAGGAGGAUGGGUUCCAAAGAGUGGGCUUGUUGAAUGAAGAAGAAAGUAAGGAAUUACUUGGUGAGAAGUUGUUUGGUGAAGAGGGUUUCCCUCCUCAACUCAAGGAAUUGGGAGAGGAGAUUGCCGAGAAAUGUGAAGGUCUUCCUCUCAUGAUAGUCACGAUAGCAGAGCUCCUAUCAAAAGCCGACAAGACACGAGAAUACUGGACUGAGGUGGCCUAUAAGCAACACAACUCACUUUUCGAGGAUGCAUAUAAUCAAAUAUCAGAGGUACUUUUUUCAAGUUAUGACUACCUACCCCAACAUUUAAAAAUGUUUUUUCUCUAUAUGGGGGCAUUCCCUCCAUAUAUUGAUAUGAUCGGUCCAGCCAUGCUCAACAAUUUGUUGAGUGCUGAGGGAUUUUUCGAACCGAUUGGAGAAGAAAGUUUUCAAGAUUUUUUCAAUAUAUGCUUGGGAAAGCUUUGUUGGCAGUAUCAUCUAGUUCUCAACACAACAGAUUCUUUGUUUGUGUUGAGAAAGUAUCGUGUGCAUUCUUGCUGGCAACACUUGUGUAAGGAAGAAGCUAGUAGGAUCAAGUUUCUGCAUGUCUUACAAAGUUGUGAUGAUGUUAUAGAAGACCAGCGUCGCUUGUGUGCCCAUUGGAACAAUUUAUUUUGCUUCAAAGAAGUGUAUGAUUGUGCAUCCACUGCUCGUUCUCUCCUUUGUUAUGGUCCUUUACACCCAUAUCCAAUCCCAAUACAUGCCAUGAGUUUCAAGUUGUUGAGGGUACUAUAUGCUGGUUAUGUCCGAUUUUAUCAUAUCCCGAUUGAAAUUUUCAAGCUAGUUUGUCUGCGGUACCUUGCCCUCACUUGCAACGGAGACCUUCCUCCAUCUAUAUCCAACCUUUUUUUCCUUCAAGAAUUGAUUAUUGGUAGACAUAUGAACAUUAAAAAGCAUGGAGUUCAGUCAUACAUGCCUUUGCAAAUUUGGGAUAUGCGAGAACUACAGCAUAUUCAGGUCAUGGGAAAGGACCUACCAACCCCUAAUACUGAUGAUGCUACAUUGAACAAACUCAUCACACUUCUUGGUGUGAGUCCAAACAGUUGUACAAGGGAAGUUCUCAAAAGAAUUCCUAAUUUAAAGGAAUUAGGAAUUCAAGUGGAGUUGAAGCCUUAUGAUGAUGAUGAAAGUAACCCAUUGAGUUGCUUGAGUUAUAUAUCACAACUCCAGAAUUUGAUCACACUUGGAUAUCGCAUCACGAAUCCCGAUAUAAAGUAUGGGCUUAGUCGUAUUCCUCUUUCAAUGUUUCCAUCAAGUCUCACACUGUUACAGUUGAGGGGGUUGGGGUAUCCUUGGAAGUACAUGAAUGAUAUUAGUUCACUACUACCAAAUCUUGGGAUGCUCGUAUUAGAAUGCUAUGCCUUUCGAGGCUGUGAGUGGGAAAUGGAAUCAGGGAGUUUCUUGAAACUUACUAGACUUGUAAUUGAAGACACUGAUUUGGUGCAAUGGAGACCUCAACAUGGAAGCUUCCCAGUGCUCCGCAACCUAAUCAUGAAGCAUUGCUACAAAUUACAACAACUCGAUUGGCCGUAUGAUCAUUCUUGGAUCACACGUAUUGGAUUAGUUGAUUGCAAUCCUUUAGCUGUCGCUUGUGCCAAUCAAUUAAAAGACAAGUUUUCCUUUGAACUUAUCGUCGAAUCUUCUUUUUGAGCUCAAGGCGCUCUGCAACUUGCCUAGCAGGCAAAUGAGAGAGCCGAAGGGGCCGCGUUAUCCCAUAAUUUCGAAUGUUGUAUUACCACAUUCAAGGAUUGUGACUUGUAUUGGAUUUUGUUGAGGAUUGUGUUAAAUUGUUGUAAGUUGGAUUUGUGUGAAAACAUUAGUCUCUUAUUCAAGGGUUGUAACCUUUCUGUGUUAUGCAUGAUUUUCACUUUGUUUUGA